ACAUAUGUGCAUGUUUAACUAUAUCUGAUCUAUGUUGGCCUAUGUAUCAUAGUUGAUCAUAUAAGUUCAAUUAACGAAAUUUUACUUUUUGAUUGACAGUAACGGUAACAUCUUGUGAAAUUUACUCGCUGUGUGUGUUGGAUAUUGAAUUAUGGAUAAUUGUUUUGUUCAUAGUUUGUAGAUACUUGUGUUUGCAGCUUAGGUUGUGCGUUUGAUCUGUAAUUCGAGUUAUUGCGCUAGUUGUGGACUUGUAGUAGUCUGGCAUGGAUUUUAAAGAUAAUGCUUGGACUUGGAAUAUUCAGAAGAAGUUUAAUGUUGUGCGCCAAGAGGUUGAUGAAUUUGUCGGCGUGGAAACUAUGAAAUAUGUAGAGAAUCAAGUACAAACACUUGGAGGAACUGUUAAGGGGUUUUGUUCUAAUGUUUUUCAGGACUUCCUUUCACCUGCUUUGUCCAAUCCAGUGUAUCAUGAUGAAGGCACAGUUCCGCAGGAGGGAAAAUUUGUGUCGGAGACCUAUAAGAAUUCUGUAUCUAAUCUGAGAGAGAAAUAUGCAGAUACGGAUUCUAAAUCACUUUCUUCUGCUUUGUCCAAUCCAGUGGAUCUUGAUGCAGAAUUAGUUCCUCAGAAAGGAAAAGAUUUAUCCCAGAACUAUAACAAGCCCUUAUUUGUAAUAGAAGAGAAGUAUGCAGAUAUCGCUUCAAAACAAAUAUAUACAAAUCAGGAUUCAGUUCAUCACAUGCCCCCUCCUUACAGACUUAACAAUGUGAAGAAGACUAUGCCCACUGAAGGGGACAAUGAAAUAACAAAAGCUCUCUUACCUUCAGUGAGAGAUGAUUCUGCUUUAUAUGACAAUGUAAAAACUAGUGUGUCGGGCUAUGUUGUUUCGGAUUGUGAAGGACUUGUUGCUAAGGAGAGAUAUAUGUCGGAGGACUCAAAUUUGGAUUUUGAAGAACUUGUUGCUAAGGAGAGAUCUUUGUCUGAGAAUUUAAAUUUGGAUUUUGAAAGACUUGUUGCUAAGGAGAGAUCUUUGUCUGAGGGCUCAAAUUCAGAUUUUGAAGGACUUAUUGCGAAUGAGAGAUCUUUAUCAGACGACCUAAUUUCAGAUUUUGAAGGACUCAUUGCGAAGGAGAAAUCUUUGUUUGAGGACUCAAAUUCUAUUGGGAUCAACGAUGAAGCAUCGUUGAUAUUUGUAACUAAUGAAGAUCACAGCCAUAAAAUUAUUGAUGAGGUUGUCUUCGCAGCAGUAGAAGAUAGUGUGAGGGUUUGUUCUUCUGUUAAAGAGAGAACAUUUGAUCCUUUUUUUGAUGAUUGUCAUUGCAAAAUUCUAGGCACCCCUCAAUCAUCUGAAGCGGAAUGUUCCAUUUCUUCUGGUUGCCAAGUAGUAGAGCCAACACUUUUUUCGUCUAUAAGUUCCCUGUCAAACAAUUCUUAUUAUCAGUCAGAGUGUUUCACCCUUCCGGAAGAGAGUGUUUUCUAUGAUCACACAGAUUCAGUCAGUAGCAUUUCUGAGUCACCAGACAAAUCAAGAUUUGAUAUUUCAGAUCUUAACAUGAAAACCAUUGAUUUAUCUGAAAAGAAAAGGCUUAAUAAAAGUUGUAUUAUCGAGGACAAUGAGUUGCUCGGGGCUACCUCUUUUAGGCCAAGAAGACACAGAUCAUACAAGCAAAUGAUAAAAGACGCCUAUACUAAAUCGAAAAGGUUAGCGAAGGAGUAUGAGCUACUGGGAAUUAUGUACGAAGACAUUGACAACGAGCUUGUCCAGCACGAAAGAGAUAGUAAGUUGCCCUCUACUCAUGAGAAAACACCAGAGACGGGACAUUCACCAACUGAAGAUUCAGGUGACUGUGAUUGGGAACUUCUUUAACUAUUGUGGACAUUCACUUGGUGAAAAUUUAGGUUAUUGUGAUUAGAAUUUCCAUAGUAGUUGUUGCUUGUUGGAAAGAAACCACAUCUGUGCAAAUGCACAAGUCAGAAAUGAACCCCUUUGGGUUUCGAACAAUUUUCUAACAAUUUUUGCUUAAAGGAAAAAGAGAUAGCUGAAGAGUGUAUGUUGUUUUUUGAGGAGA